AUGAAACAUUUUGUCUUUCAUUUAUUAUUCUACUAUUUUUAUAUAAACUAUUAUUUUAAAAUAACGAACGAAUUAUCAAUAAAAAGAAAAAGAAAUUUAUUAGAAAUAAAUGUAAAGAAGAACUAUUACUUUUUUAAUAUAAGUAAAAAAAAUUUUAUCAAGCCAUUUUCAAAAACAAAAAAUAGUAGCAGUAAUAAAAAGAAAUUUGUGAAUAACUUACUUUUUAAAAAUAGCAAUUUUUUACAAAAUGAAAAUAUAUUUUUAAAUAAGAAUGUAUUUCUAAAUAAAAGAGAUAAUUAUUUUAGUAAGAAAGGUGUUUUAUUUAACAAAGAGGAUCACUUAAAAAAAAAAAAGAAAAAAAAAUAUUUCUCCAAGUUACUAGCUAAGUUACCAGUUAUAACAAUAAAUAAAAAUUUGUAUCCAAAAGAAUAUAGCACAGAUUACGAAAAUGUAUUAAGGAAAUAUCAUGUGACUUAUAUAAAUUAUAAAACAAGAUUAAGAAGUAAAAAAGAAAUUGAUAUACGUUCAAUUGAUGAUUUAUAUGGACAAAUAUAUGAUAGAAAUGUUUUAAAAAAACAAUUUUAUUUUUUUUUAUAUCAUGACGAUAUUAACACAUGCUAUAGGAUUUUAAAUGAAAAUAGAAAUGUACUAACAAGAGAAGAAUCAUUUAAAAUAUUAAAUUCAUUACCUUAUAUAUUUUUUAAUCAUUUAAAUUAUAAAUAUCCAACAUUAGACAACGUAGAUGAAGUAUUAAGCAAACUAUUAAAAACAUAUAUUUUUCAGUAUGCUAAUGAUAAAAACAUUGAUUUUUUAAAUUUUAAAUAUAAAUACAAUGAAUUAGAUGAAUAUUGCCAAAAAUUAGAAAAAGAUUUUAUGAAUGAACAGAAGGAUUUAGAAAAAAAAGAAGAUAAAGAAAAAUCCCAUAAGGAAGUUAUUGAUAGAAAUGAAAGCUGUAUAACAAAUAAACAAACUUCAAAUAAUAGCUCUUUUGAGAAAAGAGAGGAAAAUUUAAAUAACAAAGACAUUUAUGAUGAUGAAAAUAAUAAUAAUUACGAAGAAAAAUAUAAGCAUAUGAAUUAUGAUUAUAAAAUAAUUGAAGCAACACAAAAAUAUAAAGAGUUAAUAGAAAAAUUUAAAAAAUAUCCAAUUAACAUAAAAUUAGAAAAAGUACAGUUAUUAUAUACAAAAAUUUUAAGUAUGAAAGGAAGUAAAAUAUUUGAGGGAUUCAGAAAACAUGAAAGUAUAAAAAAAAAUGAGGAAAGAAAAAUAUAUAGAAAUGCGAGAUUAAAACUAGAUGUUCAUAAACUAACCCCUUAUGUAAAUGAACCAAUUAAAUGUGAUAUUAAAAAAAAAGAAGAAGUGAAUAAACUAUUUGAAAAAUAUGUAGAAGAAAAAGAUUUAAAAAAUUCUUGCUUAAUAAUAAGAAAAUAUACUAAUUUAAUAGAUACAAAGGAAUUGAAAAGUAGAGAAAUAAUGAAAAAAUUUUUAAAAUUGCAUGAAUAUAUAUAUAAAUGUAAUAAAUAUAAUGAAAAAGAGUUAGCUCAUUUGAGAAUGAUUUAUUAUUCAACUGUUCACAAACCUAGGGUUGCCAGAAAAAUAUGUGAAGUUGGUAUGAGAGAACAAGGAGAAAAUGUUACUCACAGAGAAGUUUAUGAAAAAGAGUUAAGCAAAUAUAUAAAACAAAGAAAUGAAUUAUUUGAUGAAAGACUGAAAAAAAAAAAUAUUGAUAUAGAUGAAAUAAGAGAUUUCAGUUCAGCUUAUCCAAUGGAAUGGUUACCUAUAAUUCAUAAAGAUUUAUUUGAAAAAAUAGAAAAAGAAAGAAGCUUAAAAAAUACUGACAAACACACUAUUAAAAAAAAAAAAGAAUCUAUUAAAAAAUUAUUUACUUCUAAUAUUGAUGAACAUAUGGAAAAACCUUUACAUUCUCUUGAAAUGGAAAAGAAUGAUAAAGAUAUGCAAAACAAUUUAUUAAGUGAACAAAAUGAGUUAAAAAUAGGAAGAAAUUUAAUAAAUUAUAAAAAAAUAACAAAAGGGAAAAAAAAAAGAAAAAAAGAUAAAACAAAUAAGAAUGAUACAAAAAAAGAAUAA